ACGGCAAGUUUGUGGCCAAAGAGAAUGUAAAUUAAUACUUUAUACUGGAUUCUAUUUCUGGACUCAUACAUGCAUGACCGCGUAUGAUUCCGUGAUAUCCAAGAUGGCAGCGAUAUCACCUUUAUGGAAGUGGGUCGCGUUGUUUUUUAUUUUACUCAGCCUUGGUUUGCUCAUUGCACUUAUCGUUGUUGCAACCAAAGAAAGUAGAGGUCAGGAAAUCACGAAAACUUCCCAAUUUCAAGUUUGCAAAGCGCGUGAUUCGAUAGCACGCGCAACUAAAAUAUCUUCUUCACCUGGUCUCUUCGACGACUUGACACCAGACGAGAUGAACAAAGUCCGCAGCUACAUGCACUCUGUCAAGUCACUUAAAUUAAAAUCAAACAAAGAAGGUCAACUCAGCGACAAUGUUAUCGCUCUUAUUAAGUUCUACCCGCCGUCUAAAGAUGCRGCCUUGGCKUAYUUGGAUGAAGGCAAAGAAAAGCCAGAGAGACAGGCUAUUGUUGUGAUAUUCAAAGGAGCGGCUCAGCCYCCGAUAGUCGAAGAAUACCUUGUUGGCCCAGUAUCUGCACCGAGUAAGCACGAGCUGUUAAAAGUAGACGGCCGGUCGUACCCUAUCAACUUCAACGCAAGGCCAGGAUUUGCACUGAGAGAAGAAAUUGCUAUUUACAAUGACAUCCUUUUACCAAUGGGUAUAAAACUCCAUCGUCUCUUGUAUGAGAGUUAUGACGGGUACACUAUUGCCAAUUGCACUGAUAAGUGCUUGAAUUGUCUUUUCUCGGCUCCCUUUGGAUUCACUAGCGAUACAAGAGAAAACUGGUAUUUUCUAUUUCGUAACGAAAUAGCUGUAUAUUCGCACCCUUUGAACUUUGAAUUUUACUUGAAUCAUGCUGGUAGCAACUCGAUUGUCCAGGAACKGCAACGUUUUUUGAUUUGGUCCACAUGGUGUACACCGACACUCCACAUGUCAUYAAAAAUGCUGUYUGUGUGUUUGAAUKGAACACUGGAUCACCAYUAAGACGACAUUACGAUAACGACUUUCAAGGAGGAUAUACUUUCUAUGGUGGAAUGRUMAAYCAGGCCCUCGUCCUGCGAACURUUGCCACAGUUGCCAACUACGACUACAUGUACGACUUCAUCUUCUACCAGAACGGCGCGGUAGAAGUGAAAGUGUCAGCAUCUGGUUACCCCUUUGGUAGUUUCUACGAUGAGAAUGUAAAACCAUACGGUUAUCCCAUCCACCAUAACUUAACAAGCACUACACAUGAUCACUUACUCAACUACAAAGUUGACUUAGAUGUUGGUGGAAGACAAAAUUCCUACGAGACUAUCGAAGUCACAACAGAAAACGUAACUGACAAAUGGCUACCGGAGAAAAACAGAUACUUUGUCAGGAAAGUCUUGAAACGUACCACCAAAAAGACCGAGCAAGAGGCAGCAUACAAAUUCAACUUUGACCGUCCAAAGUACUUGAACUUCUACAAUGAAAAAAAGAAAAACAAAAUGGGUGUAUCAAAAGGAUACAGAAUCCAGCUGAAUGGUAUCAUGAAGCAGUUGUAUCCAGAAGACUGGAGAGGAUAUUCCCAACACAGCCACGGUUGGAAGUUCAGCAGGGUUUUAUCUUCGUCCUUUUAACUACUUUGAUGAGGAUCCAUCGAUGGGUUCAAGUAACGCCAUCUUGAUAACACCCACUGACAAGAACUACAGUCCUUCAUUCCAACGUUUUGGUACCCCGACUGGUCCUGUCUGUGUUCCUAAGGAAUAUCCUGUUACCUUCGAUGGUCGAAACAACGUUUAACAAAGAAUGACUUGGUACAUAAUCACCUGAUUAUGCAUCAAGCAAUGUCAGUGAUCUUUGUUUCAGUUGAUCAGAGUUUGAAUAAAGUACCCUUUA